UGUCGUUGCUUUUUUUUUCUUUUUCUUUUGACUUCCGCUGAUCCUGGUUUGUUCCCUGCAUGAAGUUUUGGGGGCCGCCGGGGCGAUGAAGUGCUGCUGGCCCCUCUGGGCCCGGAUUUGUCUGGUGCUGGCGGUGGAAGAAAACCUCAUGAACACCAAAUUCGAAACCGCCGACCUCAGGUGGACCACUUACCCCUCUGACGAUGGCCAGUGGGAAGAGAUCAGCGGGAUGGACGAGGAGCAGAACAGCGUGCGGACCUUCGAGGUGUGCGAAGUGCACCAACCCAACCAGAACAACUGGCUGCGCACCACCUUCGUGCCCCGCUCGGGCGCCACGUACGUCUACGCCGAGCUGCGCUUCACCGUGGUGGAGUGCUUCUCCAUCCCGCGGGUCACCCGGUCGUGCAAGGAGACGUUCAACGUCUUUUUCUACGAAGCCGACGUCGACCUGGCCUCCGCCACUUUCCCGCCCUGGAUGGAGAACCCUUACGUCAAGGUGGACACGGUGGCGGCCGAGCACCUCACCCGUAAGCGGCCGGGCACGGAGGCGUCCGGGAAGGUGAACGUGAAGACGCUGCGCGUGGGACCUCUCUCCAAGACGGGCUUCUACCUGGCCUUCCAAGACCAGGGCGCCUGCAUGGCCUUGCUCUCCGUCCGGCUCUUUUACAAGAAGUGUCCGGCCGUCACCGUCAACUUCACCCUCUUCCAGGAGACGGUGCCCAGGGAGCUGGUCAUGCCAGUCACCGGGCAGUGUGUACCCAACGCCAUCAAGACCAGCUCCCGCCCGCUCAGCAUGUACUGCCGGGAGGACGGGCAGUGGGCAGACCAAGCCAUCACCGACUGCACCUGCGCAGCCGGCUACGAGCCCUCAGAGGAGAACACCAAGUGCCGAGCCUGCCCGGCUGGGAUGUUCAAGGCCGUCCAAGGGGAGGGGGGCUGCCAGCUCUGCCCAGCCUUCAGCAUGUCCCCCUCCCCGGGCUCCAGCGAGUGUUCCUGCCGCAUCGGCUUCUACCGGACGACCAAGGAGCCGGUCACCAAGCAGUGCUCCACCACGCCGUCUGCCCCACGCAGCAUCGUGGCGAAAAUCAACGGUUCGGUGGCCAUGCUGGAGUGGAGUGAACCCUUGGAAAACGGGGGCCGGGAUGACGUCUCGUACCACCUCAGCUGCCACGCGUGCCCCGAACGGCAGAGCUGUCAGGAGUGUGCCCGCCUGGCCUACGCCCCCCGAUCUCGGGGGCUGGUGGAGCGCACCGUCACCGUGGAGGGUCUGCAGCCCUACAUCACCUACUGCUUCCAGAUCCAGGCAGUCAACGGCGUCUCCGAUCUCAGCCAGAACCCGCCCCAGUCGGAGUCCAUCAAUAUUACCACCAACAAGGAUGUCCCCCAGCCCGUCUCCGAGAUCCAGCAAACUUCCGUCAGUCCCAGUGGGGUCACCUUGGCCUGGCCGUUCAUCCAGCCUCCAACUGGGAACAUCUUGGAUUACGAGGUCAAGUAUUACGAGAAGGGGGUGGGUGGCCCCAUGUUUGUGAAGACGUCCGAGAACCGGGUGACCCUGUCUGGGCUGCGUCGAGGAGCCGUGUACCUUGUGCAGGUCCGGGCCCGUUCGGAGGUCGGUUACGGAGGGUUUGGGCCAGAGAAGGCCUUCCAGACUUACGGAGCUGAUUCGGGAAACGGCACGGAGAAGUUGGCCCUGAUCGUGGGCACGGCCGCCUUGGGGACCCUCCUCAUCUUGGCCGUGGUGAUCGUAGCCGUGGUCUGCCUCCGGCGCCACGGAUCUUCUGCAUCCCGAGAGCAAGAAUAUUCCGACAAACCCGGACAGUACCUGAUUGGGCACGGUACCAAAGUCUACAUUGACCCCUUCACCUACGAAGACCCCAACGAGGCCGUGCGAGAGUUUGCCAAGGAGAUCGACGUCUCUUACGUGAAGAUCGAGGAGGUCAUCGGGGCAGGUGAAUUUGGGGAGGUCUGCCGUGGUCUUCUGAAGGUGCCGGGCAAGAAGGAGAUCUACGUGGCCAUCAAGACCCUGAAGGGGGGCUACACGGAGAAGCAGCGGCGAGAAUUCCUGAGCGAGGCCAGCAUCAUGGGCCAGUUCGAGCACCCCAACAUCAUCCGCCUGGACGGGGUCAUCACCAGCAGCGUCCCCGUCAUGAUCGUCACCGAGUUCAUGGAGAACGGAGCCCUCGACUCCUUCCUCCGGUUGAACGACGGUCAGUUCACGCCCAUCCAACUGGUGGGGAUGCUUCGGGGCAUCGCGUCCGGCAUGCGCUACCUCUCCGACAUGAGCUACGUUCACCGCGACUUGGCAGCCCGGAACAUCCUGGUCAACAGUAACCUGGUUUGCAAAGUUUCCGACUUCGGGCUCUCUCGCUUCCUGGAGGAGAAUUCCUCAGAUCCAACCUAUACCAGCUCCUUGGGGGGCAAGAUCCCGAUCCGCUGGACGGCCCCCGAAGCCAUCGCCUUCCGCAAGUUCACGUCGGCCAGCGACGUCUGGAGUUACGGCAUCGUGAUGUGGGAGGUUAUGUCGUUUGGAGAGAGGCCCUAUUGGGACAUGUCCAACCAGGAUGUGAUCAAUGCCAUCGAGCAGGAUUACCGCCUGCCGCCCCCCACCGACUGCCCCACCUCCCUUCACCAGCUGAUGCUGGAUUGCUGGCAGAGGGAUCGCAACGCCCGGCCACGUUUCGCCCAGAUCGUCAACUCUCUGGAUAAGCUGAUCCGGAACCCCGCCAGCCUCAAAAUUGUCUCGCGGGGAAAUGGGGGGCCGUCCCACCCUUUGCUGGACCAGCGGCUGCCCCACUACUCGUCCUUCGGGUCGGUCAGCGACUGGCUACGUGCCAUCAAGAUGGGCCGCUACGAAGACAGUUUUGCCAACGCCGGGUUCACCUCCUUCGAGUUGGUCAGCCAGCUCUCCUCCGAAGACCUGCUCAGAAUCGGAGUGACCUUGGCCGGACAUCAGAAGAAGAUCCUGUCCAGUGUCCAAAAUAUGCAUGUCCAGGGCAAGGCCGGCACCUCCACAGCGGUCAAAACAGGACAGUUCUGACCGGUAGUUGGCCGGAGAAGCACAGAUUUGGCCAUCUCUGGCUUUUGACCUCAUUUUGGGGAGGGGGCAGCCAGGAACUGGCCUGGAGGGGAUGCCUCCUCUUGACUUGCCCCAUCAGCCCCCCCCCACAUCUCUCCUGCUCUUCUCGCUUCCCCCCCCCAUAUAUUCGCUCCUUCCCCACUUUUGGGGAGGAUGUCUGAGGAGACUGAAGUCCCAGACUGACCCACGGACCCUCUCGGACAGUCGUGUUCUGCGCCAGCUUCGUGGCAGGGAAAUUGGGGAGACACCCCCCACCCCCGGGACGGAGGCUGCGAAGGCUGGCUGGGGGGGGGUUACGAACUGGGGCCCUCCCUCCACUGAGCCCCGAGGGAUAUCAUGCCAAAGAAGACCAGCUCUUCCCAGCCGGUGCCCCCCCCAGUUGUGGGGAGCAGUUUCAGGGGGGGGCUUCAGAAGUGGGGAGGGAACGAAGUCCCCUCUGUGGGCAUUUGGGGCCUGCUGGAAGACACAGGUGGGGAAACUCACCCACCCACCCUAGCCUCAAAGGGAAAUCAGGCGCCCCUUCACUUUCUGCUGACUUCGAGCAACGGGGAGCCAAGACUUGAACCCAGCACCUCUUCUGCAGAAGGAGAAGAUGCAGCUGGGCGGUCUGGGGGGGCCGGCCGGUGCUCCCCACUCCAGGGCCAGGAAGCCAAAGAAUUGGGAACUCUGCUUAGGAGCGUGAGCUAUGCAGACCCUGCCCCCACAGAAAAGGGGCUUCCAGAGGUUUCCACCGAGACAAAAGGGUGCCCCAAGUCAGCAUAGAAGGGUGGGCAGAGCAGCUGAAGUGGUGGGACUGGCAAAGCAGGUUCAAGCCUCCAUGACAAUCAGGGCAACGGUGCCACCACGGAUGAGGCCAUGCGGGUGAUGCCAUCAGAGGGGUGGGGGAGGGGGCUCCCUGUGGCUCCUGGAGAUCCCCUGGGGGGGGGUUAUUGCAGGUGAAGGCCAAAUCCAGACGGCUCCCUGGGAUCUUGCGGCGUCACAGCCAAGCUGGCCUCGUUGGCACAGGCCCCUACCAGCCGUGCCAGGGGAGCGAAGCGCCGGCAUCCGAGCCGAGGUGCUGCUGCUUCUAUAAGGAUUCUUUAGCCUUCAUAUUGAAGGUGCUCAUAUUGCUUUUUAUUAAAACAAACGGUGUAUCUUCUAAGCCAAAAUUAAGGGGAGGGGCGGCUGAGGGGUGGGGGUGGGGGCUGGCAGGGGAUUUGAGGGGGGGGGCUGAGUCCCAGGGUGCCCCCCCCUCCCUCUUGCCAAACACAUAGACACACACCACCGCUAAUGCACAAGGCAGACAUUCUUACCUGGAAUUGCAAAAGUUUGAAAUGCUCAAUUAUCUAGGUGGAAUUUUUUGGAGGAAUGAGGGAGGCUCUGGUUGCCAUGUGAGGAACCCCUGGACGCCUGUGGGGGGUGCUGGGGUCCCCAAAACUCAAGAAGGGAACUGCAAUGGCACAACGGAGUCCCCACCCCCUUUCGCCUCUGUCAUUGACUGUCACUAUUAAAGGAGGAUGAGGGGGGCAGAGCAGAGAUAAACAGUCCCUACCUGUAGGGGGUUGGAAGCUGCUCCCCCAGGGAAAAGUGCUAAUUUAAUUCUUUUUUUUAAUUAUCCUCUUUUUUUUUGUUUAAUAAACAGAAUCUUUUUUUUAAAAAAAACAAAUUAGAGAGGGUGUUAAAGUUGGUUUGCACAGCAAGACUGAGCUGAACGUUAAAAGUCGUGGGCACAU